ACAAUAGAGUUAACACAACUAAAGCCAUAUAUAAUGUAAUAAUGUAUUAACUAAUAGUAAAUGAAUGGCAAAUGUGUUUAUAAACACAAACUCAUAAUUAAUACAUUAAUUGUUGUCUAUAUUAGACAACAUAAGUGUUAGUGAUAUAAAUGUUGGACAAUGUAUGGUAUUUCGGCAAUUUGUUGGCCGUAUUGUUGCGAUGGAUGACUGGUCAGCACUCGUAUUCGGGAGAGUCGAGUCCACCCAUGUUUGGUGACUAUGAGGCACAAAGACAUUGGAUGGAAGUGACGGUCAAUCUGGAGACCAACCAAUGGUACACCAAUAGCACAGACAAUGACCUACUUUACUGGGGAUUGGAUUACCCGCCGCUGACUGCAUAUCAUAGCUAUCUUAACGGCAAAAUUGCUCAAUAUUUGAACCCAUUGUGGGUUGAAUUACACACAUCAAGAGGUUUUGAAAGCUAUUAUCACAAGAUUUUUAUGAGAUCUACAGUACUUGCGGUCGAUUUGUUGAUAUACUUCACAGCUGUAUAUAACUAUUGGUCGAUAUAUAUGAAAGGUAUGGUUCCCGAAGUCAAACCCCGUGACAAAGCCGUCAAUUGUGUAAUAAGUCUUUUAAAUCCGGCGUUAAUUCUUAUAGAUUACGGACACUUCCAAUAUAACUGUGUAUCACUUGGAUUAGUCAUUUGGACAUUAAAUUGUCUGAUGAGUGGAUAUCAUAUAACGGCUGCAAUAGUCUUCUCGUUAGCCCUUAAUUACAAACAAAUGUCUCUUUAUUAUGCAUUUCCUAUUUUUUGGUAUUUACUAAGUAUUUGUUUUAGUCAACGAAACAAAUUAAAACAAUUAAUAAAAUUGGUCUCAAUUUCAAUGGCCGUAAUCUUCACUUUUGUUAUACUAUGGCUACCAUAUAUACAUAGUAUUGAAUCAAUUUUUCAAUUAUUAAAUAGGAUUUUUCCAUUUAAUAGAGGAAUAUAUGAGGAUAAAGUUUCAAAUUUUUGGUUUUCGCUAUCAAUUUUAAUAAAAAUCAAAAAUUUUUUCACUGACUCAUCACUCGCCAAAAUGAGUUUAUUGACUACUGUGGUAGCACUGAUGCCAUCAAGUUAUGCAGUAUUUAAAAAGCCAACAAUAGAUAACUUGAAGUAUUCUUUGAUAAAUUCAUCGCUAAUAUUCUUUUUAUUCUCCUUUCAAGUCCACGAAAAGUCCAUUUUAAUGGUUUCGAUUUGUGUUUUGCUAUUAAUGGAUAAACAUCCGCUUUGUUGCCUCUGGUUUGUUGUCAUUUCAACAUUCAGUUUACAACCGUUGUUAAUAAAGGACAGUCUAAUGAUACCUUACUUUUCACUUAUAAUAUUCUUCAUAUGUGUCUAUACUAAUGCUUUCGGAGAUUUUGAUAUUUGGCAUCCAAUUUGUUGGAGAGAGAGAACAGUAAUGAUAACGUUUAUAUCAUCAAUGGUUGGUUGUUUAUUAUUAAGUAUAGGCGCACUUACAAUACCGGCGCCAAAGAGAUUGCCUGACAUUCAUGCAGUUGCUAACUGUUUAUACAGUUUUAUCCAUUUAAUGGUUUUUGUAAUAUAUUUUCAUCAAUUGCAGUUUGAAGUCUAUAAAAUGCCCAACACUUACCAUAAGACGACUGUCCUUUCAAGCGCUAAGAAGAGAAAACAAAUAUAAUAUUUUUGAGUUAUAGUUUAAGAAAAUUGAAGAAAAAUUAAUAUAAAUAUUUAUUUAAUUUGUUAUUUGAAUAUAUGAGGGGAUCAAUGAAAAUGAAUGAAAUAAAAUUUGAGAGUAAAAGUCGCAUAAAUAUAAAGUCAAUGGUUUGGAUGAGUGAAGUGAAGGCAUGGAUGGGAAAGGGAGCGAUAAAUAUAUUUAAACGCCUACACGACGAUUGACCCCAACUAUGGUAUCACUUAAAGUCAGCCUUGGAUUGGAAGACAUUCUGUAUAUUUAUUAUGCAUUUCUUAUGUGAUAUUUAUUUAGUAGUAAUGUUUUCAAAACUGAUAGUUAAAUCUAGUCUUUGAAUACAACAAUCAAAUGUGCCUUUAAAUUGCAUAUUAAUAAUGAUUUCAUUAAAGUU